CACUUGAGGGUCGGGGUGUUUUAACCGCUGGACAGGCAGGGAAAGCGACCGCAUUAGCUGUUCGAUUGCGCUAGUAACCGGUUGAAUUUUCCGCAGAAAAUGCGCUUGUUAAUCUCCUGCCUCCUCCUGGGGCUGGCCAAUGCCGGGGAAUAUUCAGAACGAUUUCUCACCCUCUACAAUCAAAUCGUCGACUCGAACAACGGCUACUACUCAAGCCAUGGGGUGCCGUACCACAGUCUGGAGAACAUGCUGGUAGAAACUGUGGAUCACGGCCAUGAAACCGACUCGGAAGCCAUCAGCUACAACAUCUGGCUGCACGCCAUGUACGGGGCGAUCGCCGACGAUUUUGCCCCUUUCAACAACGCCUGGUCGGUCAUCGAGAACUAUCUCAUCCCUCAGGCGCAAUACAACAUGGACAAGGCUACACUUUCCAUGGACUUUACUACGAAAAUGAACCGCUGGACGACGACGGUACCAGCGACUGGUUCGGCAUGUGGUCCUGGACAACCGACAGGCUGGCCCAGUACUACUACAUAACUGGCGAUGAAACCGCCCGAUCGGUGCUGGAAAAGUGGUUCACUUGGCUCUAUCAGCACAUGACUGUCAGCGACAAUUCCUACAGUGUCCCGAUGAUGAUCUCCUGGUCUGGCAGUCUGCCAACCAAUGCAAAAAUGAACGUGCUCGAGUCCGGAUCCAGGUUCUUCGGCGUUGGCAGCUCGAUUGCCAGAUCGCUCAGCUACUAUGCGGCCAAGUCUGGGGACUCCAAGGCCAAAUCCACCGCCAAACAGCUGUUAGAUGUGAUUUGGAAGAAUCACAAGGACUCGAAAGGACUGUAUGUGCGCUCGGACUUGUCCGCCUUCACCGCUGUUAACACUAAGGUUUAUAUUCCUGUCGACGGUUGGACCGGCACUUAUCCAAAUGGCGAUAAAAUCACCGCCUCCUCCAGCUUCUUGGACAUCCGAUCCUGGUACAAACAGGACGAAAACUGGCCCCAACUUCAGGCCUACUUGAACGGGGGCUCAGCCCCCGUGGUGGACUAUCAUCGUUUCUGGGAGCAGGCCGAUAUGGCGCUGGCUUUGGGAGCGUAUUCGCUCCUCUUCGAGUGAUCAACACCGACAAUAAAUAGUAUAAAAAUCAA